AUGACGAGAUGUGGUGCCGAAGGUCCAGAUACUUGGCAUGAUGCUGCACAGCGCUGUAUCAAUAAAAGUUUGGCAGAUUAUGGACUUGAGGCGAAAGUUCUUCCAAUCCGGUUUUGUAGUUCACCUGAAAUAGAAAAGCCCAGUAUGUCAGCGAAAGCAUUCAUCGUUGUCAAUCUUACUAUUCAGACGCUCACUCUGUUGGCCACUGGACUGCACGUGUUGGGGCGACGACGUUGUGGACGGCUUGCAGAUAAUAAAUACAUACUUGCACUUUCCUUAAAAAGAAACUGGCAAGAGCUAUCGUCCGUUAGAACCAACCCAAAAAUAGAAAAUCAAAAUACAUAUUGUGAUCUCAGCUUCUUAGAAGGAAUUCGCUUUUUCGGUACGGUCGUCGUAGUUCUAACACACAUCUCUAUUACUUAUACGCACUCAUAUAUCGACAAUCCUGAUUUUUUGGAACAUAUGUACGACUCGUUUAGUGGCAGGGCUGGAUUCAACAUGCUUCUAUGGUUGCAAAUAUUCUUCUCGAUCACCGGCUUCCUCACCGCUUACUCGACUCUCGUGUCUUCGGAGAAAUCUUCUUUAACAUUCUUGAAGUGCUGCCUAGCUAUUUUAAAUCGAUAUAUCAGAAUAACUCCAGUAGCAAUAUUCACAUUAUGGUUCAUAACAACUUGGUACCCUCGACUUGGCUCGGGCCCACACUGGACGCUGCAGGUACUACGAGAAGCCCAGGACUGCAGCGAACGCUGGUGGCUCAGCUUGCUUUAUAUACACAACUACUUGCCUUUAGGAAAUUUCUGCAUGGGGCACACUUGGUAUUUGGCAGCAGACAUGCAGUUACACAUCCUGGGAAUGUUUAUGCUAUUAUUGUUCAUUAGGUGGAGGCGUACUGUGAAGCCAGUUAUUUUCCUCAUCCUUUUGGGUUCCAUCGUGUCAAGUGGUCUUUCGGCGUAUUUCUACAAUUUAACACCCAUCAUAACUUCACAAUCACCUGAAUCAGUAGCUAGUAUGUUCAAAGAUUCCCAAACCAUAAUGAAACUUUACCUCCCAGUUUGGAUGAAUCUUUCGGGAUAUUUCCUGGGCAUUGCUACUGCAUUCAUCUGUUAUGAUAAUCAGGUUCAUGGAGUAAGGCUGAGCGAAAUAAAGUGGUUUAACGUACUUUUUCAUCUAGCCCCGUGUGUGGCUGUUAUGGUCACUUUCCUUGGAGUCGUGUUCCUUGCGGAGAAGAAGCCUCCUCUAUUGGUUGGAUUUAUAUACAGUUCGUUAGAUCGCUUCAUUGUUGCGCUUUGCUUCAACAUCUUCGUCUUAGGAUGCAUCAGCAAUUGCCAAUCAAUCUUACGAAGCACAUUUUCGUGGCCAGGAUUCCGUAUGUUGGGACGUUUAUCCUAUUCUGUAUUCAUUAUCCACUUCAUCAUCCUGAGGCUCGCGGUCGUCACCAACACUCAACUUGGACACGCUUCUAGUUACUCUAUGAUUUCACUGUUAAUAGGAGGUGUGGUAACGUCUUACGUAGUAGCGAUUCCAGUUUGCCUCAUUAUUGAAAUGCCGUCGGUGCAACUGUGGAAAGCUUUUCUUAGUAGUGACAAACAAAAAAGCGAG